GAUGAAGUGGGGGUUGAGAUGUAGUGGGGGUGGGGCUCCACCAGCAACACAUGCCAUGAUAUAACAAGGACAAGGCAGUAUUAAGGGAGGGCUGUAUUCUCCACACUACUGCAUCCUGUUCAUUCACUGAUUCAUUCGGCUGUUGUCACUUGGAGAGGCAUUUUACCAGGCAUUUUAACUUCAACAAAUCAAAAUCACGGAUUAGGAGUAUGAUUUUAGGGCUCAUCACUUCUGAAAAAUCUUCUAUGGAAAAACAAGGAAACCAAUUCAUAGGUGGGACAAAGUUCAGCCAGAGGGAUACCUUUAGAGAAUCCUGAUCUCUAAUAUUUCUGUCCUAAACUGCUCCAAUAAAGAUUUUGGAGGAGCCUCUUGUCCUGUCUGCAUUAAGAAGCCACUCUUCAUUAUAUUGAUCGAAAUCAUUCUGGAAAAUGGUUGGAUUUGGACCUGCGGAUGUGCCUCCAUCAGCAGCUGUGAAGUUUGUGGGAGCAGGAACUGCAGGCUGCAUAGCUGACCUGCUCACCUUUCCCCUGGACACAGCCAAAGUGCGGCUGCAGAUCCAAGGAGAGGCCAGAGCUUCCGCAGCUACAGGGAAAAAGUCUGCAGUGAAGUAUCGUGGAGUGUUUGGCACCAUCACCACCAUGGUGCGUACAGAGGGGCCAAGGAGCCUUUACAGUGGACUGGUGGCAGGACUCCAAAGGCAGAUGAGCUUCUCCUCUGUGCGCAUUGGUCUCUACGACUCUGUUAAACAGUUCUACACUAAAGGCUCCGAUCAUGUUGGUAUCGGCAGUCGGCUGCUUGCGGGAUCUACCACCGGUGCCAUGGCGGUUGCUUUUGCUCAGCCUACAGAUGUGGUGAAAGUUCGCUUCCAGGCACAGGCCCAGUCUCCUGGGCAUGCCAGACGCUACUGUGGCACCAUUGAUGCUUACAAGACCAUUGCUAAAGAAGAAGGCAUUCGUGGUCUGUGGAAAGGUACAGCUCCAAACAUCGCACGGAAUGCCAUUGUUAACUGCACUGAACUGGUGACAUAUGAUUUUAUCAAAGACACACUCCUUAAGUCCACUCCCCUGACAGAUAACCUGCCCUGCCACUUUGUAUCAGCCUUUGGUGCAGGAUUGUGCACGACAGUGAUUGCCUCUCCAGUUGACGUGAUCAAAACAAGAUAUAUGAACGCUGCUCUUGGCCAGUACAACAGUGUCCUCAAUUGUGCUGCUGCCAUGAUGACCAAAGAGGGACCGCUUGCAUUUUAUAAGGGGUUCAUGCCAUCUUUCUUACGCCUGGGCUCCUGGAACGUGGUGAUGUUUGUGACCUACGAGCAGCUGAAACGAGCCAUGAUGGCAGCGAAUCACAACUGCACAACUAUGCUGUAGUCAUUAUUGUCGGUCAGAACGCUGAUGUUGCAGCACAGUGGUGUUGUUUAAAAAAAAAAAAAUCUUCACUUUUGUUGCAUCCUAGUGUAUAUUUUAUAUUUCAAGUAUCAACGUUAAACAAAUUGUGUUGACACCUCUAUCUCUCUCUCAUGACCACGUUAAGUCAAAGGACAGCAACACAUGUAUUAGAAAGUGAUCAAUAUUUAAGCUAGAGCUUGUUUGAUCAGAUGCUUCCUCUCGGCGGAGAGCUUCUCAGGAAACUGGAUGUCAAAAGUAAUGACGAGGUUUCCUCUCUGGGAAGGAUCCUGGGACAGCGGCAUUCCCUCUCUGGUCACCACUUUGUUGUACGCAGGACUGAUGUGUUGAGAUAAACAAAUCAGAGACAGGAAGAUGGUAAUUGAUGCAGAUGAUGCACAAACCCCAAAAGAUAUCCUUUUAGAAAUGUCUCUGUUUAAGUGUACUGUUUUAUAUAAAGUGUUAAAUUUGUUAUGAUAAUCUCUUACUUGCUUUUAUCUUAAUGUUUAAAUCAUGAAUUCAGCUUUUAGAGUAUCAGAGAUUAAAGUCAAAUUACAGUAUUAUACAUGGAUGCUAUUUAGUAUUUGGCCCCAAUAUAGGAAAGCGCUUACUGUACAAUGUCAUUGAAGGGAAUACUGAUUAGCCUGCCAUCUAGUGUCUCCACGUCCACAGAGAACCCAGUCAAGGCCUGUGGGAAAGGUUAAGUGCUUAUUCUACUUAAACCAAAUCAAGUAUAACUAAUAAUUAAAUUUUUUUUAAAUUUAUUUAAUUAUUCUGGCUCACAUUAACAUGACUCACCAUCUCCAGAGUGAUCUGGGCCUUGUAGAUCAGGUCAUUGUGUUGUCUUACGAACAGGGGGUGACUCUUCUGUCGCACCAUGAACACUAUAUCUGCAGGGAUGUUGUUUGGUCCCUUAAGGUAAAAUACAGCAAGAUGAGUACCAUGCAGUUAGGCUCUUUCCCUAAAACAUGGCUAUGUAAUAAGUUGUUACUAUGCAUAGUUUGUUCAAGAAUAGCUUUGUGCACAUACUUUGUUUUGAGAGAAAAAUUACCAAAUCCUAUCAAGCAUAACAAAAGAGGUAAGGGAAACAAAUAAUUGUUCUCCCUCAUUACUAUGUGGUUUUAUUCAUAUAAGCAUGUGUGAGCACACUGAAAGAGAACCGCUGAGGCCACCUACUGGUGGAAAAGCAGAGGACCCAGUGGAAAGUAUAACCCUUCAUAAAUACUGUAAGUUAUUGAAUGCACUUUGAGAAUUUCCCCAAAAUAUUACCCGUUUACAUGAAAGCAUUACUUUCUCUUAUCUUUCCCUGGUUCAAAACGGCCUAGUCCUGCAUUCUGUGGUCAACAACUCGAGCAGAUUUUCAGUCAUGUUUCAUCAAUAUCAUCUCACACACUUAUCCAUCAAACAUAAUUACAAUAUACAUUCAGACUUGUUCAAAAACUACAUUCAGUAUUAAGCAAAUUAUUAAUUCCUUUGAUGGUGUAUCCCCUAUGAUCCCAAGCAUUUACCCUUCUCUAACAGAGAUGCCUACAAAUGUUACUCCUCUCGAUAUUCCUUAUGCUUAUGAUAAUCCAACAUACAUUUGCACAAAGUUGCACUAUUAGUGUCUAAAAUGUAUAUACUAGAUGCUGUAAGCUAUAGUGUAAUCUGUUGUGUAUUUAUGUGCGUUUUAUACAUGUAUCUGUUUUUAUACUUUAUGUCUGCAGCGAUACAAAUUGCCCUCUGGGAAAAAUAAUAAAUUGAUUGAUUGAUUGA